AGUGGUAAUUAAGGCCUGCUUCUUUCACCGUUCAUUUUACUUCCUGGUUGUUUUGCAUACAGGAAAUUAGAUUCCAAGCAACUGAAAAGGAUCCUGGGAAUUGUAGUUUUAUAUAGGCGUAGCUUAGACACAGUGAAUGCCUUCGACGCUUGUUGUAGCACUGAUAUUAAUAUCUGUUGACAGAAUAUGCGGGGGGAAUAAACAUGAUUCUGAACUAAGUAAAUAUAAGCAAUAAUAUAGCGUUGGAAGAGAGACACUCGAUUUUUUAUGGCAAUGCUCCUAUUUAAUUCCUUGAACCAACACUUGAAGACCAGCAAAUCAAGUCACAUUUUGACCUCGCGUCCUUUUACUGCAUUGUAACCGGAAAAUUGACUUUUAAAUAGGGGUACCUGUUAACAAAUAAAGCUCCCUCGCUGUUAUUGACCGAGGUUUCUCUCUCGGUGUAUGAUUCCCUAUCACUAUCUCCCAAGCUCGACUGCAGAGUGCAAUAAUCAGGCGGAGGGAUACGGGCUGCGGUGCUGCGCCUCCAGUCUCACUGACGCCAGCAGGAUUCAGAAGGCAGCGAGGGAGGGAGAGAGAGACAGUUGGGGGGGGAAAAAAAAAACUCUAUGCCGAGAAAAAAAACUACAUAAAGAAACAACCAGGGAAGUUAAACCGCUUCCUAAAAGGUCUCUGAAGUGUGCACAAGACAACUGAACAUAAAGUAUAUUAACAAUCUGAUUCUCUGGUAUGGGAUAGACACCUGAAUACAGGAAGAAGGAGGCCGAAGGAUUGAAACAAUAGUCACACUCUGUCAUUUAUACUGUGAAUGGUUCCAGUCACCACAGAGUUUGAAAGUUGGCUCCAUUUCACUUUGGCAGCUAGUUUUGGACUGUGUCACAAACACUCUUUGCCACUGUGGUUUCUCUGGCCAUUUCAUUUUGGAUGUGUUCAGCUACAGUUGAUCUUACAAACCUUCACCAACUAGCUAACCCACUAGAAGGAGUCUGUUCUGGACAGACUGUGCAUACAACUCAAGAAAAUAAACUGGCAAGCAUUUUGACUGUGUUAAGAGGAAAACCCUUGGAAGGGAAACACCUUGCUGUGUUUUUUUUUUUUUUUUUCUGAUCUUUGCCAAAUUUACUGCAGGUCCUAACUGUGGUUCCGACCAUGACGACAAUGUCCAGCCUGUUCUCUUUCACCAGCCCCGCAGUGAAGCGGCUCUUGGGGUGGAAGCAGGGGGAUGAAGAGGAGAAGUGGGCUGAGAAAGCCGUCGACGCUCUGGUUAAGAAGCUGAAAAAGAAGAAAGGUGCCAUGGAAGACCUGGAGAAGGCGCUGAGUAGCCCCGGACAGCCCUCAAAAUGCGUCACCAUCCCUCGCUCCCUGGACGGCCGGCUCCAGGUGUCCCACCGCAAAGGCCUUCCCCAUGUGAUCUACUGCCGCGUCUGGCGCUGGCCUGACCUCCAGAGCCACCAUGAGCUCAAGCCCCUUGAGGUGUGCGAGUAUCCCUUUGGUUCCAAGCAGAAGGAUGUCUGCAUCAACCCUUACCACUACAAACGAGUGGAGAGCCCAGUGUUGCCUCCGGUGCUAGUGCCCAGGCACAGUGAGUUUAACGCACAGCUCAGCCUUCUGGUCCAGUUCCGCAACCUGAGCCACAACGAACCCCACAUGCCUCACAACGUCACCUUCCCGGAGUCCUUUCAGCAGCACAGCGGGAGCAACUCCUUCUCCAUCUCACCCAACUCCCCCUACCCACCGUCCCCUGCCAGCAGUGGCCCCUACCCCAACUCUCCUGCCAGCUCAGGGCCCUCCAGCCCCUUCCAGCUGCCAGCAGAUACUCCACCCCCUGCCUACAUGUCUCCAGAUGACCAGAUGUGUCAGGAUAGCUCCCAGUCAAUGGAAACGGGGAACAGCAGCACUAUCCCAGUGAACAUGCCCAGGGGAGGUAUGCAGCCAGUGGAGUAUGUGGAGCCGAAGUACUGGUGUUCCAUUGUGUAUUACGAGCUGAAUAACAGAGUGGGAGAGGCCUUCUAUGCUUCUUCCACCAGCGUGCUGGUUGAUGGCUUCACAGACCCCUCUAACAACAAGAACCGAUUCUGCCUGGGCCUGCUGUCCAACGUCAACCGCAACUCCACAAUCGAGAACACCCGGCGCCACAUCGGCAAAGGAGUUCACCUUUACUAUGUCGGUGGAGAGGUCUAUGCCGAGUGCCUGAGUGACACCAGCAUCUUCGUUCAGAGCAGAAACUGCAACUACCACCACGGCUUCCACCCCACCACUGUGUGCAAGAUCCCCAGCGGCUGCAGCCUCAAGAUCUUCAAUAACCAGGAGUUUGCGCAGCUGCUGGCUCAGUCUGUGAACGAUGGCUUUGAGGCCGUCUACGAGCUCACCAAGAUGUGCACUAUCCGCAUGAGCUUCGUCAAGGGCUGGGGAGCAGAAUAUCACCGUCAGGACGUCACCAGCACCCCCUGUUGGAUUGAAGUUCAUCUCCAUGGCUCCCUCCAGUGGCUGGAUAAAGUACUGACACAGAUGGGCUCCCCUCUUAACCCUAUCUCAUCAGUCUCCUAAUAAAUGUGUGGGAUGGGGGCUACCUUUUUAUUAGCUUAUUCUUCUCCCCCCCCAUACAAAGUUUGACUAUUAAACAAAAAAAACUAUGGGUCUAUAAGGCUGAACUAUUUCAGCUGCCUAAGAAAUGACUUUUUACCUAGAAGGCAGCAUAAAUAAAAUAAAAAUAAAUUCACUGGAGACCAGUAUUCUUGCAGUGGUAUACCGUUGUGGCACUGAGCCUGUGUGGAACUCGGUUGGAGAUGCCUGCAGGACCGAAGGACUGGUUGGAUUAUUAUUGUGUGUGCGCGUGAGUGUUUUUCAAUAUCAAUCUACAUUUAAGAGACACUAUUGUAGUACUAUCCCUAUUACAUCCAGAGCGCAUCGGCUUUUUGUCCUUUUCUGUAACACAGAAUGCAAAUAAGAUGACUUCUUUUAAAUAAAGUCGGUCUUAAACAUUUA